AUGGUUCGCUCAAUGCACUACCUCGCGCUUCUGGCUCUUGCUGCCGUCGCAAUGUCGACCUCGGUCUCGGCCCAAGCAGACCCAAUAACAGUGGCCUUUGCCGCUAAUGCAGCGGUCGCCACAUCGGCCGAUGAUGAACCAGUGGACAACGCCGCGGCCCAAGCGGCGGAGCAAGAAGGUCCUGUGGACGAGCCGAAUGCCGUCAUCUCGGACAGCGUGAGCAACGAGGUCAUCGAGACGAGAAUUGACGAUGUCGAGGAUGGCUCGCAAGCGGCACCUUCCGUUGCGGAUUGGGAUCCGGACAACUACGUUGAACCAACGCCAGCUCCAGAGUCAGCUCCUGCUCCAGCUCCAGCUCCGGUCGAGAGUGCGACGCCUGCCCCUGUGUCGGAAUCUUCGGCUGCUUCGGGACAUGGGACGCCUGCUCUCGCUCUCGUGGCGGUCACUGCCGUCGCGAUCACUGGACUCUUCUUCUAA